AACCGGACAAACCGACUCUUUUCCUCCUCACUUACGGGCUUAGACACGAAGGGAGGCGUUGAGAGCGGAUCUCCGAGGACGGUUUCACCUCGUCUUUUUUUUCUUUACCGAUGCCGCGGGCCUCUCCGUCUGAAACAACAUUCAAAGACUUUUAAAAGUUUGGUAAAUUCAACGACGUGUCGAUCGGUGUUCAUGUGACGGUGCUCGGUAUUUCGGAGCCCACUCAGCGCAGAGGCUACUCAGGUGUUCAACUGCACGAGGAGGAAGUUUGUGUCGUGUUUUACUCUUCUGGUCACAUAAGUCACAGAGCUGGUAGCAGGAAUUCUCCCUCUUUUUUCGCUUUUUUUGUCGUGUGUGCAGGAGCCUUUCUCCACUUUUUUACUUGGUUUCGUUUUCCUUCUUCAGUUUCUUUGGACUAAAAAGCUCAAGUGGCCAAGUUUGAACAGGCGCUAGAAUGGAUGAGACGGAGAAGUACAAACAGCGACUGGAGGCCAUUGCUGAGAAGCGCCGGCAGCAGGAUGAGCAGGACAGAGCCAGGAGAGAGAUGGAGGAUGAGAAGCUCAGACUACAGCAGCUCAAGAGGAAGUCACUAAGGGACCAGUGGUUGAUGGAAGGAGCUCCCUUGUCCCCAGCCUCCCCGGAUGCCCAGAACCCUCGCUCCCCUCUGUGGGGCUCCCAGGCCCAGGAGACAGAAAAGCACAUUGACAAGUUGGAGUCAGAGAGUCAGUGGUUGGCAGAAGAGAAGGAGAACGAACAGAUGGAGGAUGGCCAAGUGCAGGAGGUACUGAAAGUGACAGAGGCUGGAGCAGAAAUGGCCCAAGAUGAUGUUGUGCACAACGGAGAAAAUAAUGUGUCAGCAUCAGAAACAACUGAAGAUGAAGUGAAGACAAACAAAAGCCCACAAUUGGAAGAAACUGCUGUUUUCUUAACCAAUGGUGGAGGAGACGUAGAAGCCAAUCACGAGGCUUCACAGCCAAAUAUUCAGUCCACCACCAAUGGGCCCAUCUGUGCUACUGAGGGUGUUGUUAGCAUGAAGUUGGAACCUGGGUUGAACCUUGGUGUUUCUGAAGCAGAGCAUUGUCAUGUUCCAGAUGUCAACACUGAUAAGAAGAAGGAGGAGGAAGAAGGAAGUCUGGUGAUACGAGCAGAACGUGUGAUCAUCACAGAUGAAGGGGACGACACACCUGAGGAUCUUACACCCCAGGAUGAUCAGCAGGAGAACAUGCAGUCAGGGGAAACCCCGCUGCCAAAUCAAGAAGCAGGCAAAGAGGAAGGGGAGGCUGAGGAGGAGGUGAUAAAAACAGAAGCAGCUCAAGAAACUUUCACACAACCAGAGAAGAGUGAGGCGACUGAAUCCACUGCGGAGGCACAACCAGCAACUGGAGAUGGAGAUGUGGAGGGUGAUAUUAAGACAAACGAAAACGGAGAUGGAGAGACAAAAGCUGACGAACAGGGCAAACAAUCGGAAGAUCCUACAUCUAUGCAACUGCAGUCCCCAGCCACCGCUCUAGAGGGCACUACAGUGGCUUCACUGCCAGUCUACUCUGAGACACAACCCUCCAUUCUCGCCCCCAAGGCUGAGGGUGAGGCUGCAACAUCACCAGAGGGAGCUGAGAGAGCAUUAAAAACCCAAGAUCUUGUCACUAUGCCUGGCCAGUUUCAGGAGGUGCCUCUGGCUGAUUCACAGGAGAGGAGGACAGAGGCAGGGCCGGGGGAGCAGGAACCUCUUCUGUCACAGGCCAAAGCCCUCAACACAGAAGCAGAGCCAGCAGCAGCUAACAGCCCAGCCAACACAGAGACACAAAGCCCAACCAGGGAUAACGGGGGAUCAGGCCCCCCGCCUGAUUCAUCCAAGUGCAAGUGCUGCUCUGUCAUGUAAAUGCCCUCUCUGUACACUAAUUUCCUCUCUCCCUCUUCAGUCUGGCUGUAUCCCCUCAGUCUAUGUCUCUGCUGUUCAAUUCAUAACACACUCCUACCCCCAUUCUCUUUGUUUUAUGCAUCCACCCUUGUUUGCAUCAGCAUGUCCACAACCGACUUCCCUUCCCUCCACUACCCUCUGCCAACAUUCCACAUAUUUGUCUUGAGUCUUCUUCAUCUCACUCUUGAGCCUUCAGAGGAAGUACGCUCUCUCCAACAUGAAGAGAGGGAAGGUAUGGCCUGGACUUGUCUGUGUUUAAGUGCCUUGAGGAGUUUGCUACACUUUUAAAUUACCCUAUCACAGAGUUUGCGUGUGAUUUAAUCUUGGUUGGCAGAUGAGCCAGCCAAGAUACAUAGGAUUAUAAAACGCAAGAUUUAGAUGCAGAUAAACAAAAAAAAAAAAAAAAACAGACUUAAAAUGUAUCAUUUUAAAUUGUUGUAUCUACAUGUAUAACUCAUCUGGUAUUAUUCAUCUGGAGAGGUUCAGAGAAGAUAUUGUUCUAAUUUAAUGACUUUUAAUUCUGAAUUCUUGUAUUGAUUGUGAUCUUUUAUUAGAUAUAUUUUAAUCCAAGUAUAGGACCUGAACAUUUUUAUUCACUUUGUGAUACAAGUUCUGACAAUAUACAGAAUAAUAGAAUGAAAUGGUCAAGUUUAUAAGCAACAGCGUGUAACACUGAAUAUUUUGUGAGCCACUGUCAGUUUUAAAAGAGACAUUAUUUUAAAAUACCUGAAAGUAUGAAUUUUUUUAUUUUUACCAAAAGCUUUUGAAUAGGGUGUCCAGAGCUGCCACAGCUCUGUCCACGGUUGUAUAUACUGUAUACAGAGAGCAUGUGGAAUUGAGAGUGUCUGAGAUGUCAGUUUUGAAUUGAUUGAUGGUUUAAUGGUUUAGUUAAUGGUUUAAUGAUUAAACUGAUAUUUGUCAUACAAUGCUGUACUGGAUGUUCGUCUAGCAUUUGUUUUUCUCAAACAGUGGAUCUGUCCCAAAACCACAACAUUGCUUCAUGCAAAAGAAACACACUGGGUAAUGUUUAACCAUUUGUUUAGUAAUGCUAUUUCUUUCUUAGUCCAGGGGUAUGAGAGCCUAACAGAAGAUCUAUCUCAAUUAUAGUCUCCAGGGUAAAAUUUCAGUUGUUAACACUUUAUAAAUCAUAAAUAAACAGUUAUAAAUAAACAAGUUAUAACAGUUCCCACACAUUGAUGAAGACUCACUAUUUGGCAAGAUUAGAUUAAUGCUGCUUACUACUCAUUAAUCUUACUAAUGAGUUACUAGUAUUUAUAACUGGCAAAAGGGAGCCUUAUAGUAACUCAUUAAUAAAUUAUGAUGUGUUUUACACUUCACAAUAAAGCUCCCUUUUACCAGUUAGAAAUGGUAGUAAGUCAUUAGUAAGAUUAAUUAGUAAGCAUUAACUUGAUCUUGCCAAAUAGUGUACCUGCAUCCAUGUAUGAAAACUGUUAUGACUUGGGUCCUCUAAUAGUUUGUUUCUGAUUUAUAAAGUGUUAACAACCAAAUUAAUAACCUGAUUAUAACCAAUUUAUGAAUCCUUUAUAAGGUACCAAAUUUCAAUUCAGUUUUAUGUAAUAAAAUAUAAAUUAAAUGGAACUCACUUAGUAUAAAGCACCUGCUUCUAACCCUCACUGGUUACUACGUUCUCAGUUCUUCAUGGUUUAUUAUCUACGUGGAGCAUGUAAGACACCACAAUGAGACAGCAGUGUUGUUCUUCAACAAUCUAAGCUGAAGAUUUAGUGAAUGAAAUGAUCAGUGUUCCACACAUAAAACUGACAGCAUGUGUACUCUGCGCAAACUGUUCAGAACAAGCUGUGUCAAAGCUUUCAAAAGUGAACCACAUGUAUACAUUACAGCAGUAUUUGUGCAGAUUUAUGCACAUAACGCUUUAAUUGUGGUAAAUUUUCUACCUGAGGGAAAGAAAGGAAUUAACAAGGAUCCAUGAGAUAUUGUGCAGACAGAGCAGGAUCUGGAGGAAUGUAUGUCUCAAAAAUGCUCCACUUAUGCAAGUAUAUGGAGCUUGUCAGAGCUGCCUUAGGUCCAAGCAGUGUCUCUAUCACCUCCUUUGCUAGUUCCAUGGCUAACAGCACAGUCCUCUCACCAUCCUUGGGGAAUGGGAUGCAGCAUUUGUGUCCUGUAACUGUGAAAAUAAGUCCUGCUGAGCUGAGAACUCCCAGGAGGGUCAUGUCCAACAACAAUGGGAUUUCAGAGAAUCAUCACAUGCGAAACCAGUACCUCUCAGAGGAGGUGGAUAGUCAUCAAACUGCUCAUGUAAAAGGAAGAUGAUCAGAUGCAUAGUUGCAUAUUAGAGUGUUCUGUGCAGAGCCGCCACUUAGUUUAUUUAUCUUAAAUGAACUAUCCACUAUCACCCAUCUCCCCACUAAAUAUGAAACAUGUCACUGGGUGUACAGGUUAUCUUCAUACUUUAGAAAACUUGAGCUCGAUAUCUAGGUUUAGUAGUUUUUGUCUUAUGAGUAGGUUUUGAAAAUCACUGAUACUUUCCUUGGUGCAAGUUCUUCAUUAAUAAAGCUGCUACUAAAGUUAAUGAGUGUUUUAAAUUCUUUAUUUCAAUUACAAUUUAUUUCAAUUACAAUUUCUAACAGACUAUGAGAAUGCAGAUUUGACAGCUUUUACAGUACUUGCAGAUGACAGAUUUGCACAAAUAUUCUGUAUUUAAUGUUUCAAUUAUCAGUAAUUUAAGACUUUUUCAAAACCGUUAUGUGCAUAUCAGCUGAUUAUAGCAUUUCUGCAAAAAGCUGCCAGAAACAAUCAUAAAGGUCAUACCUAUUCAAUAAUCAACCCAGCAGAGAAAUACAAAACAAUUUCUAUACUGACUACCAGUUUAACUUUUUAUCUGUAGGUUUCUAAAGUGUGUCUAAUUACAAGCACAUGAAUCUAAAGGAGAAGAUUGUGUGUACGGUUGCAACAGUGACACUGGUUCUUUGACUGUUGGCAAAAGCUGGAGAUAAACACUGGUUUAAUUCCAAAAUCCAUAAAUUAUUCCAAUAAAAACUGCCCAUUCCCAGAAAUUGCCCUUUGCUUUUUCAACAUUGCAAAAACUGUGUCACAUAUUGCGAAACUGGAACUUUCUAAUCAAAUGAAAUGCAAAAUCAAUACUAAGAACUGCUCUCUCUCAAUGUUGUGACAUUGGGCUCCUCUGAUGAAACUAUAAAACCAGAAGAGUCUCUAUACCGGUACCACUUUGCGACAGACCCUGCAGUGCAUCUGAGUCUACAUAUUCAGUCAUAUGGUUUCAAGAAACAGAGAGAUGUUUGCUGUGUGUGCCAUCGCUCUCCUCUGCUUGGUGUGUGUGAGCGAUUCGGCUCCUCUGGCCUGCAAAGACUUGGUCCAGCCUAUGCGAAACCUGGAUCCUCCUCAGUUAGAGGGAACUUGGGCUUUAGUUGCAGGCAGUUUGAAAAUCAUCGAAAGUCGAAGUCCUAUUGAAUUAAGUGACAGCGUAAGAGUUGAUUUUUACAACUCAACAUACACCCAAGCCAAUCUUUUUGAUGGCCAGUGCCGCUAUUUUUCUUCGAACAUCUUGAUAGAAGGCCACAACUAUAACUUUAAGGUUGGACAGUCAGCGACCUUCAAUGGGACCCUAUAUGAAACGUCCUGUGUAGAUUGUGUGGUUUUGAGCUUCAACGUGGACGCACCAACAUAUAAAUCAAUGGAGUUGUACCUCUUCAGCAAAAGGAGGGAGGUGGACCAGAAGGAGUUGGAGGAGUUCGGCUCUCAGGUGGAGUGUCUGAACAUGCCUAAACAUUCUGUGCUGGAUCCUACCAAGGAGCUUUGUCCAGAUCAGGCAGCUGCAGCAGCUCAGGGGGAGAACAGAACAAAGGAUUAGACUGUGGUACAUGAUAUCUGUUCAGUGUGAAUAAAAUAUAUGUUGAUACUGAAACAUGA